GGCGGCGGAUUCGAACGGCGGCGGGAGCGAGGGAGGCGCGAGGGAGAGGAACGGGAACAGCGGGAGCAGCAGGGGAAGAUGAGGCGCACGGCACCCCGCAGCACCCUGCGGAAAAUAAUAAAGAAACACAAGCCGCAGUUACGCCUGGCGGCGAACGCCGACCUGCUGGUGCAUUUGAACUUCUUACUGUUUCUACAUCGGCUAGCAGAAGAAGCCAGGACAAAUGCUUUUGAGAACAAAAGUAAAAUAAUUAAACCCGAGCACACCAUAUCUGCCGCAAAGGUUAUUUUAAAGAAAAGCAGAGGCUAGAAAACAGACCACUGGAAUUUUAAAGCAAAGUUUUUCCAUCUUGUCUUACUAACUUGAGAUGCUGUGAGCCAGCUUUAGCGCUUGUGGAAGUAUGCAGUUUUAUUGAUGUCUAUCUCCUAACUAUCUUGCUCUUUCUUAUAAAAAAAAAAAAUCUUACAACGU